GGAACCAAUAGGGUUCAUUACUUGGUUCUAGUUGUUAGGGCACACACACACUGUUUUGUAAUUCCACCUCUCCGACUCCAACAAGUCAAUAUUAACUGCAAAAAGAGAAGAUGGAGGAGUUGAAGAAGAGGAAGCUUGAUGAAAUGGCCAAUAAUGGUCAAAUUGAUUCAAAUUCACUAUCAUCAUCAUCAGUAGAAGAAUUGCGGUCUUUGCUUGAUCCUCUUGCUAAACCCCAGCUUGUUGAUCUUCUCGCUAAACUAGGGUCACAAUACCCUUCUAUUGCAGAAGAAAUUAAAAGUGUUGCAAGCGCAGAACAAUCAAAUAAUAAAGAUAGUGUUGCAAGCGCAGAUCCAGCUCUUCGAAAGCUUUUUGUCCGUGGUUUAGCUUGGAAUACUACAUCAGAAACUUUGUGUGCUGCGUUUACAGAGCAUGGUGAAAUUGAAGAGGGUGCUGUGAUUACUGACAAAGUAACUGGAGUAUCACGUGGCUAUGGUUUCAUCACUUAUAAAGAUGUGGAAUCUGCUCAAAUGGCCCUUAAAGCACCAAGCAAAAUGAUAGAUGGUCGCAUGGCUGUUUGUAACCUCGCUUGUGAAGGUUUAAGCAGUACCACUGUUGCCGCUGACCAAGCCCAAAGGAAGCUGUAUAUUGGAGGUUUAUCAUCAGACACAACAAGUGAGAUGUUGCUCAGCUUUUUUAGUAGGCAUGGUGAGAUAGAAGAGGGUUCAGUUGCAUAUAACAAGGACACGAAGACAUCACGUGGUUUUGGUUUUGUCACAUACAAGACGGUUGAGGGUGCAAAGAAAGCUCUAAAUGAUCCACAAAGGAUUCUUGGGGGCAGGAAUCUUACUGUGAAGCUUGCUGAUAAUCACAAGGGUAAAAUUACACAGUCCCAGGUACGAGCAACUAUGGUGCCGAUGUCCAUGCCAUUGGCACCUGGGUAUCCACAAGCUCAGAAGGCGCAUCCCGGCCCGGCAGCACCUGUUGGUUACGGUUAUCCACAAGCAAUGGCUGCUUACACAAAUUCAACAUACUCAAGUCAACCAGCUGCUUACACAAAUUCAACAUACUCAAGUCAACCAGGUGCAGCUCCUCCAUACUCGGGCCAGCCUCAAUUUCCUUACCCCCAGUAUCCUGUUAAGCAAGAGCCUCAAACAACACCGGCUUCUUUUGGAGGUUACCCAUACUACAUGGGAAAGCAAUGAGUACCGGCACCUGAAUCCUAGUAGUAUUGGCCUCAGUUUGUUGUCUAAUUAUAUAGCUACUUUGUGCUAGUCGCUUCAAAGUACCAGUGCAUAGCGGGAGCUUAGUGCACCGGGCUGCUUCGAAGUACCAGUGCCAUGUGUUUGAUGUUGUGUAUUCUUUCUUACUGUUAGAAUACAUACAUUUUUUUUAGCUUAGAAGAGAAUAUGUAGUAAACGAUCUGAAUGUAAGAUUAGAUUUUACUCAUGGAAGUUAGUUAAAAGACCAGAAGUUUCUGACAACGUGGAUGUGCAGGUCUCUGGUAUCAGCUAUAAGCUAACAUCCAUAGUACAUAGAUAGAACACAAAUAUGAAAGAGGGUAUGGCCUCUGAUCCUUUCCUUGGAUAGUUCCUUGUAAUAUUGCUUUGGCAUCAGUUAUGUUAUUGUUGCAUUGCCUAUA